AACAAGUUAGUAUAAUGUCUAAUUAUCUUGUGUGCUUAACAGUUUUGUGUUUGUUAAUAUGCAGUCAUGCCAAGGGAAAAACGCAUAAAAAAUCCAUUGAAGUUUGUAGAUGAGAGGGAAAACAACAAUGCUUCUCGUUCACUUCAACCUCCAGCACCAGCAGCAUCUGAAGAUACCACUAAUGUAGAGGCUAGUGAGACUCCUUCUCAAGCCGCUGCAAAUUCCAUUUCAUCUGAUGGAGCCACACGUUGUUCUAAUUCAAAGUCUUCAUCUGCUUGGAAUGUGGAGAUAAUUGACUCUACAAAUGUGAAGAAGAAGGCUAAGAUCAAAGUCAAGGAUGUUUGCAACUUACUUAGGGGAGACAGUGUAAUUGUAGAGGUUGACGAAGAGGGUGCGAUAUAUGGUGAAGCACAAGGUUUACUUGCUGGUUAUUGUGGUAUAUUAGCAACUAAUGCACGUAUCUUUCCAAUUAGCUUUGAAAAGUGGUCAGGACAAGAAAAUGGUGGCAUACCUAAGUCUUUCAAGGAUGAGUGCUUUGAUACAAUGAUAAAGCCCCACUUCUAUUUUACAAGCACAGAAAAGAUUGCCUACAGGUAUUGCAUUCAAAGUAUUGCAAAGAAGUGGGCAACAUAUAGGCAAAGAUUGUGAAAUGAGUUCUAUGAUCCAACCAUGAGAAGAGAAGCAUUGGUGAACAAUGUGCCUGAUGAUGUUCCAAGAGAUCAAUGGGCUUGUUUUGUCAAUUAUCGACUAAAACCGUCUACAAUUGAGCUUUGCAUGAAAAAUAAG